AAAGGAUUUAAGGAUUUAGUCGAUUUAGUGGAGUUUUGAUGCGCCCAAUUUUGAACUGACGUAGGAAGUGGAAAACAGGUGUGAGAGCACCAAAGUACAAAAUUUUAGUUAAAUACAAGCUUUGCAACCGUCAAAAAUAUUCAACGCGAGCGAUAAAACCUCACAAUUUUGUUUAAUUUCGUGCAAAUCACAUGACUUGCACUGUUAUUCUCACUCUUUUCUAGAAAAAAGUACUAAAUUUGUUUUAGUAUGGUUGGUAAUUGUAAAGAUGUGCUCUUCGCACUCACACAAGGCCGUGUUGUUUCGAAAGCAACAACGAACAGACAGUUUCUUAUUUGUCACGAAGUUUUAUAUACCCUAACUACGUCUAUUCACUUUAUUUGUUUUUGUGAGAGUUGAAUUCCUGGUGAGGAAGCAGUCAAAAUCCGUGCAUUUCAGUAAAAUGUCGAAAAGAAAAAUUGCUUUAGAUUCUGAUUCGAAUGAGAGUGAUAGCAGCGACUCCGAUGUUGAUAGAGAACUUUUGACUAGCUUGAAGAAGAAAGUGAAGAGCGAUGAUUCCCCCAAUGAAAGUUCAGCACCCAAAAAAGGCAAAGUAUUUACCGAUUCUGACACAUCAUCUGGUUCGGACGGAGAGUGGGAUGCGAAAGGAACAAGUAAAAAAAAGAAAGCUAAACCAGCAAAAAGGACAGGAAAACGUACCAUGACAAGAUCAUCAUCAUCAUCCUCAUCUGAUUCUGAAAGUGAAGAUGAUCGAAAUACAAAAAGUAAAACAUCCGAACCUGAAGAAGGAGAAGUCUCUGACAGUGGAUCAGACUCAGAUGAUUCUGUCUCCAGUCAAGAGGAAUUCAAUGAUGGGUAUGAUGAGAAUUUAAUGGGUGAUGAAGAAGAUCAAGCCAGACUGGCUCAAAUGACUGAAAAAGAGAGGGAGCAGGAAAUUUAUAAACGUAUUGAACAGCGUGAAGUCAUGAAAACUAGAUUUGAGAUUGAAAAAAAGUUGAGACUGGCAAGAAAACAGGAAAUGAAAAAGAAAAAAGAUCAUGACAAGAAAAAGGAGCUGAAAAUGGAUCCUAAAGAAAGGAGCAAAGAGAGAAAGAAAACUGUUGAAGAAAAUCGUGGACGGACAGAAAACAAAAAAGCUGCAGCCAUGGACAUGUUGAAAAAACGCCGUGAAGAGAAAUUGAAAAGAGAGGAGAGUGAGCGGCAAAAAAGAGUUGAUGAUGAAAAGAAGAAAGAGGAAGAAAAAGGGAGAGGUAGUGAUGAUGACAGGGAAGAUAGAGAUGGUGAUGAUUCUGAUGGUAAAUCUGCUGGUGGAGGUAGUUCUCGCACCAAGUUAAAGGCAUCUGAUAUAUACAGUGAUGACAGUGGAUCUGAAAGUGAUAAGAGUGAUAAGGGAAGCAGAAGGGGAAGACGGUCAAGUAGUAGUGGCAGUAGCAGUAGUGGCUCAGGUUCUGAUUCAGACAAAAGGUCGGUCUCAAGCUCUAAAUCCAAAACAAAGAAAGUACAGUUUAUAACAAAGAAAGAAGAUAUAACCAAAAUUAGGCUCUCUCGGCACAAAAUGGAAAGAUUUGUUCACUUGCCCUUCUUCAAUCGAGUUGUAGAAGGAUGUUUCGUGAGAAUAGGUAUAGGAAAUCACAAUAACAUGCCAGUUUAUAGAGUGGCUGAAAUUAGUGGUGUUUGUGAAACUGGAAAAAUUUAUCAACUAGGUACAACUCGUACUAAUAAAGGACUCAAACUCAGACAUGGAGCUCAAGAAAGAGUGUUUAGGCUUGAAUUUGUUUCUAAUCAAGACUUUACUGACAGUGAAUUUAGCAAGUGGAAAGAAACUUGUGCGUUACAAGCGAUUUCUUUGCCAACAAUGGAUGACAUUGAAAAGAAACUGAAAGAUAUUCGGGAGGCCAUGAUAUAUGAGUUCAAAGAAGAAGAUAUUGAGAAAAUUGUGCAGGAGAAAAGCAGGUUUCAGAACAAUACUUAUAAUUACGCCAUGAAGAAAACUCAGCUAAUGAAGGAAAGGGAUAUAGCACAAGCUAGGGGAGAUGAAGAGGAGGCUGCCACUAUUGCUCAGAAACUUCUGGAGCUGGAAGAAAGGGCUAAUGAACUUGAUAAAUUGCGGACAUCUACUAUUUCAAGUAUAUCUUACAUCAAUGACCGUAACCGCAAGAAAAAUGUUGAAGAAGCCGAAAAGGCUAUUUUGGCUGAACUUAAAGCUACUAAAGGAAUGAAAGUCAUGGAUCCCUUCACAAGGCGGCAUACGAAACCUCGCAUGACAUUCAAGGCCAAAGAUGAACCAGAUGUCAUAGAACCACAGCUAGCUGACAUUCCUGCUAUCAAGGAAAAGUUGUCUGAUGAGAAUGACAAGGAGAAGGACAAAGAUAAAAAUUCUAAAGGAAAGACUGCUGCUCUUAUGUCGAAGACUGAGGAUCUAUUUUUAGCUCAUGAUUUUGAUAUUCGAAUAGACUUAGAUAUGCCUAUUACUACCAAUCCAGUAAGUGUUACACCCAAACCUGUGAGUACUGUCAAAGAUACAGGGCCAAGAAGAUCAUUGAAUUUGGAAGACUAUAAGAAGAAGAGAGGUCUUAUUUAAUGGAAUAUAUUCCUGCUUGUUGACAGAAGUUGGCUUUCAGUCCUGUAACUAUUUGCCAUAAUCCUUAAUUUGACUGUGUAAGACUCCUUCUUUGCUAUCUUCUUUUUUCCAACAAGGAGUGUGCUUUCUUUUUAUACCUUAAAAGAAGUGAAGGAGGAGCACUGACUACCAGCAGAAUUG